AUGAGUAUCAGAUCUGGAGUCCCCGAUGCCUGGGAUGAUGACUGGGAAUCGAAAGCUGAUACUGCUCCGCCACCCGAGAAAAAAGUCUCAUCGAAAGUUACAAAAGCACAGCGUAGGGCGCAGCAAGCAGAGUUUAAUCGGCAACUAUGGGCUGAGGCUGAAUCCCCACAGACACUCCACUUUGUCGAGGCGCGCUCAGACGUACCCCUAAAGCAAGAUAUUAAACCAACCGUUACAUUGCUCAGUCGAAGACCGCAGGUUGCAACAAGAUACUCUGGAAUUAACAGUGCGACUGCUGGAAUGGGCCAGCUUGGGUUAGAGGACGACUCAGAUGAGGAGGUUAUCAAACCCCCGAACCCACCCCAGAAGAACGUCAUGCAAUUGCGCUCAAGAAUAGAGAGGAGAAGCAACGCAAGUAUGAAGAGGCUAGAGAGAGAUUGUUUGGUUCUACAUCUGCGACUACAUCAGGCAAUUCGACCCCAGGAACUACCACUCCACCUCGUCAGCAAGGCGAAGGGAAAGGAAAGGGCAAAGGUCGUGGUGGGCGUGAUCACCGAGAGAAACGAGAUCCAUCCACCGCUUCCGGAAAAACCAAGAAUCUUUACGAUCCCACCGUCGCCGCGAGGGCAAAUGGUCCAGCUCAUCUACAGAGACGAGAUCGCCAAGGAGACCGGAGCGACUCUGACCAGCAAGUUCUGCAACAACCAAUACGCAGCCCUCGAGGCCCUGAUGCAAGUGGAAGGGGUGGUUUUGGAUUCAGCAACAGAGGUGCUCGAACGAGUUAAAUUAACAUACUGGCUUACGACGAGACUAUUAUAA